GCCUAAAUAUAGUCAUAUGUGAUCUUGUUUGAUUUGUCUUAACAUAUAGAUUAUUAAUAUAUAAUUUUUAUAAUUUUUUAAUAUACAAAUUAUAAGAUAAAAUGGAUUAAAGAAGUGCAUUGGAUGGUGUGUAAAAAUGAAAGUGGACAAAUAUAGGGGGAAGGAGGGAGUAUUAAAUGACCGUUAGUUUUUUAACGGCGACCCAAAACUCGCACACAUGCAGAAAGAUGAGAUUAUUUUUUGUGACAGUGAAAACGUUCAUCAUCUACCAUAAAAAAAAUGUCCGAUCAAACUCCAGAGAGUUCCACCUACACAGGGGAAUCCGAUCCAAUGAAGCAGCCAGUCAACCUUGCACAAAUUCUGGAAAUUCUCCAAAAUUUUCAGAAUUUAGCACCCAAGGCCGAACCUAUCGAGAACUCUUCCAAUCAGCCGUUAAAUUUGGCGGAAAAGCUCAACGAUAGGAACUACGCCAUUUGGGCGCGUAAAAUGAGCCUGGCUCUGGACGGGAGAGGACGGCUCAAGCACAUCAUCGCCGCACCUCUCAAAUCUGAUGAUGCCAAAUAUAUUAAAUGGAGACAAGCAGACUCAACGGUAAUAACAUGGAUACUUGAAAACAUAGAAUCGGAUAUUGUUAAUCAAUAUAUCGAUUACCCUACUGCCUGGGAUUUGUGGAAGGGAAUCAAAGCCACGUACAGCUCCGGAAAAGAUCCCCUUCAAAUAUACGACCUGAUGGUUAAGGCCAGCGAAAUCAAACAAGGUGCACAGCCCUUGGAGAAGAUUUACAGCCAAUUACAAGCUGUUUGGAAGGAAAUCGACAGACGUCGACCCAACCCGAUGAAAUGCCCAGAGGAUAUGACGAUUUUCACACAAAUUCAACAACAAAAUCGUCUAUAUCAAUUUUUACAGGCAAUAAACAAUGAAUUUGAUGCUGAAAAAAGAGAUAUACUCAAAACAGAGCCUCUUCCAUCAAUUGAAGAGGCGUACGCCCAAAUCCGAAGGGAGGCAGCAAGAAAAGGAAUAAUGAAAGAGGAAGGGCCAUCAUCGGGAGAAUCUCCCUCAGGAAUUGGUGGUGGCCUAGCGGCUACACGCGCGGCGAUACGAUCAGAUUUUCGCCAAUCAUCAUCUCGCAUCUAUGAGGACAAAUCACAGCUCAAGUGUACCUUCUGCGGUGGAAUGAAGCAUACGGCCGAAGGAUGAUUCAAGAAAAUUGGCUACCCUGA